AUGUUAUCUACACUCACCUCUCGCGCCGGUCGAGUCCUUGCCUUUUCGGUUUUCGUGAUAUUCGGCCUGAUCUGGUAUACGUCCAGCUUCAAAUACUAUGACGCUGCUUCUGCACCGACAACCUUCUACGCGGGCAAUGGGUACAACAAAAGCCACCCGAUUGAUGCACUGAUGGAUACUGCGGAAACGGACCUCGACGAGCUCCUGACAACCGAGUCUCAAGAUCUUGCAACUGCUGCGGAAAGAUACCGGGCUCGUCGCGGGCGACACCCACCGCCCGGAUUCGCAGAAUGGUUCGAGUUCGCCAAGGACAAGGAUUCAUUGGUAAUCGAGGACUUCUUUGACCAGAUUUAUCAUGACUUGACCCCAUAUUGGGCUUUGGAGCCGAAGGAACUGCGCCGACAAGCAAAGAGCAUUCCCACCAGAAUAUCUAUUCGAAACAAGAAAGCAAUCCUAAACACGGACGAGCCGAGGAACUGGAUGGAUUCAUGGUACGAUCUCGUCUCGAAGUUGGAAGGAAGGCUCCCGGAUCUUGACAUGCCGAUCAAUGUAAUGGACGAAACCAGAUUGGUAGUUCCUUGGGAAACUGUCAACGAAUAUGUCCUUAAAGAGCAGGCGGGUCGCACCAUGCCAAAUGCGAACCAUGUCAUCUCGGAGUACAUGUCAUUGACCCAAUUGGAUCAGGAAAUUGCCGAGGCAUACGAUCCUGGGUUCGCAAUACCCCCAGAAGGAGGUUAUUGGCAGAUGGCCAAGCUGGGGUGUCCACCAGGAAGCCCCGCACGCAACAACACCCUUCCUAUGAUCGAUUUUGGUACUCCACCAUGGGAGUUUGAUAACUUCGAGCGGAUGUCUUACCACGGAUAUGUGGGAAACUUCACGCUAGCCAAAGACCCUUGCGUCCGACCAGAGAUGCAAGUGCUGCACGGAACCUUCCUCGAGCCUAUCUCUGUGUCAACGUCAACUAAGUUACUUCCGCUGUUCGGCGGUUCCAAGCUUCCCAUGAACAAUGAGAUUCUUCUGCCACCAGCGAUGUACUGGGCACAGAAUGAACACUAUUCUGGUGGCGAGAAGGAACACGGCGGUGAAUGGGAAGACAAGAUGAACAAGGCCGUCUGGCGCGGUGCGGCUACUGGUGGUCGUGCCCGAGAGCCGAACUGGACGGGUUUCCAAAGACACCGAUUCAUGUCAAUGGUGAAUGCGACAUCUGUCCAACAAGCAGAGCAAAAUAACAGCCACGGCAUCAAUUUCCGUCUUCCAAAUUACGCCGACUACAAACUGAAUGGUGAUGGCUUUGUCACACAGCUUCUUGAACAACACACUGACACGGGUUUCAACCAUCUCGUCUGUACGCCUUAUAAUGAGGCUGAUCCGACUUGCCCUUAUCUCGACCCAUACUUCCAACUUGCGGAGGGAAUGCCGAUGAAGAAGAUGUACAACUACAAAUAUCUGCCAGAUCUUGAUGGCAACAGCUUCAGUGGGAGGUUCCGUGGUUUUAUGUUGUCAACGUCGCUCCCCAUCAAAGCUACUAUAUACAAUGAGUGGCACGACUCCCGGCUUGUUCCAUGGGUACACUUUGUCCCCAUGGAUACAACCUACAUUGACUUCUACGGGAUCAUGGCAUAUUUCCUGGGUGGGCGCGACUCAGUGGCUCGCAAGAUUGCUCUUGCCGGCAAGGCCUGGAGUGAGAAGGUUCUUCGGAGAGAGGACAUGCAGAUCUAUACAUAUCGUCUUCUUCUGGAAUACGCUCGCAUUUGCGAUGAUCAAAGGGAGUUUUUGGGAUACACGGAUGACAUUAUCGGCUCUUGA